AUGGCGAGCGCGAAUAACAACAUGUUCAUACGCAAGGAUAACAAGGCGAACGAGGUCAAGAGAUCCCGCGACUCACGCAGCCUCACAGUGUCCAACGCAAGCCCCAACGCAAACCCAACCACGAAUUUCACCAACAACGAACGAAUUCUUCAAGAUACCCCCAAUGAGCUGGUCGAGAACCUCUUUGGAGCUCUACUGUCCGAAACUCACCCAUGGAACGACCCGGAAACCCGUGACACAGUCAACACCUUGCUCAGCGACAUCUCCGAGAUUCUCAAAGCUACCGUCACAGCUCCUGAUGUAGAGAGAUUAAUUCGCUCCAACGCUGUAGCAGUCCACAUUGUUAUUGGCCACCCCAGCCUCGUCACUGCCCGUGAAGAACAUGAAGCAAAGAUGACUCGGUUACACCGCCAACGAGAGCGCAAGCUACAGCUCGAGGAGAUGAAGCGGGCGAUCACCAAAGCGUUGGUCAAUCUCGAAGCAGUUGAAGAGGCAGAAGACGUGCUCAAGGAAGCAGAAGACGCCGAGGAAGCGGAGGUCUUAGGCAACGAUCAUGACUUCGACCCUGAACGAUCUUUUCAUCUUCCCCAUCAUAAUCAUGGUGUCUAUAUCGAUACCGAUGCUGAUGUCAUGGCUGGAGGACCUGCCGGCGGACUCGGAUAUGCUGAUGCUGUAUUGACGCGAAAACGUCUGGCUAGUCAUGCCUUCUGCGAGCAGGUUGAGGUUGUCGAGAGACUGAGCAAGCGCUUCAAAGCUACGGCAGACGAUACUACUGGUAGUGCUGGAAACGACCAUGUACGGGCCUGGGGCCAGGGACACGGACAACACAAGAUCGAGAGCGACACGGACAACAAGACGAACCUUGCGACCAACACUGCCAAUGCCACUGCCCAUGCCAAUGCUCAUGUCAAUGCUCAUCCCGGCGCGACUAUAUCAGGUUAUCGUAUAGGUCGAGUCAAGAACGAACGCGCCAAUUUAAACUCAUGGGUUGAUUACUGGGCCCCCGUACCCGUCGAAGACGACUUGGAAACCCAGGGUCCUCAGAAUCUGAAGAAGACUUAUCAAAAGCUUCUGGAGGAUGAUAAGGCCUACGCAGCUGCUGUGACAAAGCAAGCCAAGGAAGCCGCGAAGUGCGAGUGCAUCGACUCAUUCCGUUCGAGAUUUUGA